GGAGAGCGUAACUUCAACGCUUUCUACGAACUCUGCGCCGGUAUGUCGUCUGAUGCAAAAGCCAAUUAUGGGAUCCGAGAUCAGCAGAAGUUUUUCUACCUUACUCAGGGCAAGGUCGCUGAGACUGUUCGCGAUGACGCCGCAAAUUUCACCAGGCUCGACACAUCGCUAGAGAUUGUGGGAUUUUCGGAGGAGCAGCGACAGAUCAUCUACAAGACUCUUGCUACUAUUCUGCAUCUGGGAAACAUGUAUUUUAGGCAACGACGGCGUUAUAAUAACAACGGUUUGGAGCAGCUGCUUAUCAACAGCGUCAACGAGAAGCUAGAAAACGUGUUUGUGAAGCAAACCUUUCUGGAUGAGAUGGCUGAUUACGUCAAUGAGGGAUUGACAUUUGAUUGGAAGGCUGUUUCGUUCAAACUCCAGGGCUAG